AAAUAAUUCAAACCUCCAUUGAAGCACCGUCAUUCUCACUCUACUACCCUCCCCAGUCCUCACACUCUGCAACUCUUCUUUGUCUUAAAGGAGACAAAAGGAAACCUUUCGGUUUUUCUCUCUCUAAAGUGGGAUUUAUAGAUACAGUCACGUAUGUAGGUACAGUCAUCCGAGUCCACUGGAGCUUCAAACUUGCGUGCAAGAGAAUUAAAAAUGGCACAAUGUUCUUCGCUUUUUCCAUUCACACCAUGUGACCUCUGACACAUCCUUCCUCUACUUUCUCGCUCACGUUAGCCUUUCUCUGUGUAGCACACAUAUUCCGGUUUUUUUGUUUGUUUGAAUUCUUCUGGACAGCUCAGAGGAGUAAUGGCGGCGUCUACGUCAAGAGGACGGAGUAGCUCACCGUUUCACUACAGGAAAUCGUCGAGUCCAUACUCAUCAUCUUCAUCCUCCUCCUCAUUCAUGAACGGCAGGCUCAUGCCUCGCUCGUGCUCGUCCUCGGCGACCUCAUUCUACGGUUCUGCUAAUGAGCACAACUCCAGAUCCAUGACGCCCACUCGGAACCGGAGUGAUUCCGGAUACACUGGAGGUUACGAGAAUCACACGCCAGUCCAUUAUCCGUCGGCCGAUGAGCUGCUUGCGGAGCCAGUGGAUACGUCUAGAUCAGGUGACAGCAUAUCUGUGACCAUCAGGUUUCGGCCUAUGAGUGAACGGGAAUAUCAGAGAGGAGAUGAGAUCGCAUGGUACGCAGACGGUGAUAAGAUUGUACGGAAUGAGUAUAAUCUGGCUUCUUCUUAUGCAUUUGAUAGAGUCUUUGGACCUGAUACAGGCACUCCGGAGGUCUAUGACGUAGCUGCUCGACCAGUGGUCAAGGCUGCAAUGGAAGGGAUAAAUGGGACUGUAUUUGCUUAUGGUGUUACAAGUAGUGGAAAGACACAUACUAUGCAUGGAGAUCACAAUUCACCUGGAAUAAUUCCACUUGCAAUUAAGGAUGUUUUUAGCAUUAUUCAAGAUACUCCUGGACGUGAGUUUUUGCUUCGGGUUUCCUAUCUUGAGAUCUACAAUGAGGUGAUCAAUGACUUGCUUGACCCCACUGGCCAGAAUUUGCGUGUUAGAGAAGAUGCACAGGGCACUUAUGUUGAAGGUAUAAAGGAGGAAGUUGUUUUGUCUCCAGGUCAUGCACUGUCAUUUAUUGCUGCUGGUGAAGAGCAUCGUCAUGUUGGUUCAAAUAAUUUUAAUCUGUUUAGUAGCCGUAGUCACACGAUAUUUUCAUUGAUGAUAGAAAGUAGUGCCCAUGGAGAUGACUAUGACGGAGUGAUAUUUUCUCAACUUAACUUGAUUGAUUUAGCUGGAUCAGAGAGCUCAAAAACGGAAACAACUGGAUUGAGAAGAAAGGAAGGGUCGUACAUAAACAAAAGUCUCCUGACUCUUGGAACUGUUAUUGGAAAGUUAAGUGAAGGGAAGGCAUCACAUAUUCCUUACCGAGACUCAAAACUUACUCGCCUUUUACAGUCCUCAUUGAGUGGACAUGGACAUGUUUCUCUCAUAUGCACAGUUACUCCUGCAUCAAGCAAUAUGGAGGAAACUCAUAACACAUUAAAAUUUGCUAGCAGGGCUAAGCGUGUUGAAAUAUACGCCUCACGCAAUAAGAUUAUUGAUGAGAAAUCUUUGAUUAAGAAGUACCAAAGAGAAAUAUCUUGUCUCAAACAUGAACUUGAUCAGCUCAGAAGGGGAAUGCUUGUGGGUGUGAGUCAAGAAGAAAUCUUGAGCCUAAGGCAACAGUUGGAAGAAGGACAAGUGAAAAUGCGAUCCAGACUGGAGGAAGAGGAGGAAGCCAAGGCUGCUCUACUGAGCAGAAUCCAGAGGCUUACGAAGCUAAUACUUGUUUCUUCAAAGAAUUCAAUUCCUGGCUAUAUGGGUGAUGUCUCCACUGCUCAUCAACGGAGUCAUUCUGCUUCCGAAGAUGAUAAGUUGGAUAUUCUGCGUGAGGGUCCUUUGCUCAUAGACAGUGAGAUUCAGAAAGACCCCUCAUCAGAUACUUCUGGUUUUAAACAUAGAAGAUCUUCCAGCAAGUGGAAUGAUGACAUCUCACAGGCUGGCAGUACAAUUACAGAAUCAACCCAAGCUGGUGAACUUAUCAGUGUUUCUUCCUGUGGUCCAAAACUGGCUGUUGAUGGGAUCAGCAUGUCAGAUCAGAUGGAUCUCUUUGUUGAGCAAGUCAAGAUGCUAGCUGGAGAGAUUGCAUUCAGCACUAGCACGUUGAAGCGCUUAAUGGAGCAGUCUGUAAAUGAUCCUGAAAGCUCGAAAAGUCAAAUUGAAACUCUUGAGCGUGAAAUUCAAGAGAAGAAAAGGCAAAUGACGAUUUUAGAACAACGCAUUGUGGAAAGUGGUGAAGCAUCUAUUGGUAAUGCAUCUGUGGUUGAAAUGCAAAAGACAGUGAUGAAAUUGAUGGCCCAGUGUAGUGAAAAGGGUUUUGAGCUUGAGAUUAAAUCUGCAGACAAUCGUGUCCUUCAGGAACAGUUGGAGAGCAAGUGCUUAGAGAACAAGGAACUGAUGGCAAAAAUUAGUCAGCUGGAGCAGUGGUUGGCUGCAGUCAAUACUGACAAGUCAUCCCCUUCUGAAAGAUGCUUGUCUAAUGAGUAUACUGAUGAACUGAAAAAGAAAAUUCAAACCCAGGAGAUUGAGAACGAGAGAUUAAAGCUAGAACAUGUUCAGAUUGUAGAGGAGAACAGUGGGUUGCGUGUACAGAACCAGAAAUUGUCUGAGGAAGCAUCUUAUGCUAAGGAAUUAGCAUCUGCUGCUGCAGUUGAGCUGAAGAACUUAGCUGAAGAAGUCACCAAGCUCUCCCUACAGAAUGCGAAACUUGAAAAAGAAUUAUCUGCUUCUCGAGAGAUGUUGAAUUCUAGGAGUUUUAAUAUGCAGUCUGGUAAUGCGGGAAACCGUAAGUAUGGAGACAGUGUAAGGCAAAGUCGUAGAGGCCGGGUCUCUAGCCGAGCAAAUGAUAAUCAUGAUGACUUUGACACAUGGGAUCUGGAUCCUGAAGAUCUAAAGAGGGAAUUGCAGGCAAGGAAACAGCGAGAAGCUACUUUAGAGGCCUUCUUGGCUGAGAAGGAGAUUAUCGAAGAUGAGUACCGGAAAAAGUUUGAUGAGGCAAAAAAAAGGGAGGCUGCCUUGGAAAAUGAUUUAGCAAAUAUGUGGGUGCUAGUUGCUCGGCUUAAGAAAGAAAAUUGUGCUGGACAAGAGGCAAAGACCAAUGAUGUUCUGACUGGAGUGGACAGUAUAAAUGAUCCAAAAGUUAAUGAGGUUGAGUGCAAAGAUCCUAUCUUAAACAAUAGCCAACCCAUUGAUUAUCCAACCCCACCUCCCGAGAUUUCCAAGGAAGAGCCCCUUGUUGCCCGCUUGAAGGCCAGAAUGCAAGAGAUGAAGGAUAAGGAACACAGGUAUUUGGGUAAUGGGGAUGCAAAUUCACAUGUGUGCAAAGUGUGUUUUGAAUCUCCUACAGCAGCAAUGCUUCUUCCUUGCCGUCAUUUUUGCUUGUGCAAGUCCUGUUCCCUUGCCUGUGCCGAGUGUCCACUUUGCCGGACAAAGAUUGCCGAUAGGAUAUUUGCUUUUACUUAAAAGUUUCAAGUCAUUAUUCAAAAACCAGAAAGGGAUUCUUCAUUAAAUUUGUGCGGUAUAGUGUGCAAUUCUUUGAUUAGUUGAACAGCAGAAUAGUAUGUAACUUCAAGGUGUAUACCAGUUUUCUAUUUUUCUUUCUGGAUUUCUCCACCCUGGCAAUUGUAAAAUAAGAAAUUAAGAGGGGUCGUGUAAAGGUGGAACUGAAGAGGACAGAGAGUUUAAGUAGAUCUUGUUCUCAGGGAGCAUGUUUGCCGUCUAAAAUGUGGCAUUUGUGAUCUCAACUCUUUGUAAACAAGAGCAAUGCAAGUUUCUGCGAAUGCUGAUUUCUUCUCCUCUUACAGUAAAGUCCAAUCAUUUUAUA